UUAUAAUGAAACAAUCAACUUUUAAAAUUGUUUUAGUUGGUAUUAAUUUUUGCAAUUAAAAGGGGACCCUAGAGUUGGAAAGUCUAAUACUCUAACUAGAUUUGCUUUUGAUAAAUUUGAAGAUGGGCAUAAAAUUACAAUUGGAGUAAUAUUUAAUAUAAAUUUUAGGUGGAAUUUGCAUAGAAAAAUAUAUCAAUUAAUGGGAAGGAGAUUAAAUUAGCAAUUUGGGAUACAUGUGGAGCAGUAAAAUAAAAACAUAUUUCAGGAAUAAUACAGGGCUCUAACAAAAAUAUACUAUCAAGGAGCUGCAGGAGCAUUACUGAUUUUUGAUAUUACAGAUAGAAGUUCUUUCGAUAAUUUAGAAAAAUGGAUUAAGGUUAAGAUUUAUUUAAAUAUGCUAGGAUAUAGAAUAAAAUACUUAAUCAAUUAUUAUUAUGUUAAUUGCAAAUAAAGUAGAUCUAUAAGAUCAAAGAAAAGUUAGUAAACAAGAAGCCGCUUAAUUCGCAUUUGAGCAUAAAUUAGCAUAUUUGGAGACUAGCGCAAAGGACGGAACUGGUAUAUAGUAAGCAUUUGAACAAUUGGCAACAGGUAACAAAAUUAUAAUAGUAUAUUAAUAGAAAUAGUUAAAUUAUCAAAUUUAGCUGAAAUUACUCAAAAAAAUAAUAUAAAAUUAACAGAAUCCACAAUUUCAAAGGAAGUGAAUGUUAAAUAAAAAAAUUGUUGUUGA